UUUUGCAUUAGUUAUUAAACUCAAAUUCAAAUGUCUGUUGAAUUCAAUUCGAUGUCAACGUAAAAAGUAGCUAUAAACAGUUUUCCGCUACAUCAUAAAUACGGUACUAAAGAUACACAACAGUUUCAACAUAGUUGUAUGAAAGUGUUAUGAAUUGAAAAAAUUGGUAAAAUGACUUGGAAUAAAAUAAAAUGCAAUCGAAGGGAACUUCAAUUGGUGGGCACAUUAAACGGAGGCCAAAGUUUUAGGUGGGAAUAUAAUAAAGAAAUAGAUGAAUGGACAGGGGUGUUUUCCAAAACAGUUUGGAAAUUACGUCAAGAUGAUGAAAAUUUACAGUAUAAAGUAAUUGGAACAUUACAUGAAACAUCCAAACACAGUUGUGAUAGUAAAAUUUUUAAGAAUUUACUUGAAAAAUAUUUCCGACUGAAUUUUAAAUUGAGUGAUUAUUAUAAGGAGUGGUCUGAAAAAGAUAAUUUGUUUCAAUUGGCUUGUAAACAAUUUUAUGGUAUUCGAAUGCUUUAUCAAGAGCCUGUGGAGAAUCUUUUUUCUUUUAUUUGCAGUCAGAAUAAUCACAUCUCUAGGAUAUCUACUAUGGUUGAAAAAUUAUGUAAGCAUUAUGGAGACAAGAUAUGUGAACAUGAGGGUACAGCAUAUUAUGCUUUCCCAGAUGUUGAGAAAUUAUCAAGCCCACAGAUUGAAUCAGAAUUAAGAGAUUUAGGUUUCGGUUAUAGAGCAAAGUUCAUUCAAAAGUCAGCAUCGCAGAUAGUGGAGUGGGGAGGUGAACAGUGGUUUAAUAGCUUACAAGAAAUGAAGUAUAAGGAUGCUCGGCUGGAGCUGAUGAAACUCUGUGGGAUUGGACCAAAGGUGUCUGAUUGCAUCUGUCUGAUGUCCUUAAACCAUCUGGAAGCACUGCCCGUUGACACACAUGUGUACCAGAUAGCGGCACAGAACUACCUGCCACACUUGAAGGGAAGGAAGAGUGUCACCGAGAAGAUGUACUCGGAGAUAGGAGAUCAUUUCAGAAUGUUGUAUGGGGACAUGGCGGGGUGGGCCCACACUGUAUUAUUUUGUGCCGAUUUAAAGAAAUUCCAGCAAAAUGAGGAUUCGGAACCUACAGAAGAAAAGCCUAAGAAAAGAAAGAAAAAAUGUUAAACUUGU